UCUGCACUUCUCAAGCACAGAAAAAAAAAGGAAAAAAAACACCUCUCAGUUUCCACUAAACUUUCCAAAGAAGAAAAAUUUCAAACAAAAUUAGAAAAAUGAGAACAGAAAUUGGCUUCUCUACAAUCACAUCAAAAUUCGAACAAUCAAAAUCAACAGUAAAAACUACAUUUUCGCCGCCGGCGAUGGUACAGAGAUCGCCAUGGCAUUCUCCGGUACCGUAUCUCUUCGGUGGCCUAGCAGCUAUGUUAGGAUUAAUAGCUUUCGCUCUUCUAAUUUUAGCUUGUUCUUACUGGAAACUCUCCGGUCAUUUGAGAGAAAACGACGAAAUUGAUAACGAUUCCGAAGUAGAUCCUGAGUCCGGUGCCGGUGAAAAACCGGCGACCGGAAUUGUAAAGGCGAUGCCAGUGUUUGAAGAGAAGAUUGUUGUGAUAAUGGCGGGAGAUUUGAGGCCGAGUUUUUUGGCUACCCCUGUGUUGAGUAAAAGCUCUGUUUUGGGGGAUGGAAGUGAUUUGAAUCAAUUUGAGAAGAAGUUGGAGAAGGAAAGUGAAGAAUUAGAUGAUGAGAAGGAGAAAGAAGAAGUAGUGAUUGAGGUUAGAGAAAUGAGCCAUGGAGAAUCUCAAAAUAGCCAUGGACAAAACCAGUGAGCUAAUUUGAAAAGGAAAAAAAAUUAUGAGUAGUUUUCCUACUCAUACUUGGUAAGGAGGAAUCACACUAAGCAAAGUUGGUGUGAUGAGCUCGAUCCAGAAAUAUAUGCAGACGAUAUCAAACUCAGAAUUUCCUAUUUGGAAGAAUUUUAUGUGAUGAGCUCGAUCAAAAAAUAUGUGUACACAAUAUCAAACUUAGAAUUUUCUAUAUUAGGAAAAUCCUCUGCUCAAUCAAUUCGGCCACCACUAGUGUGACAUUCGUUUGCUACUUCUCCUUCCUUUUCUAAUUUUUUCCCCUCUUUUUCAUUGUUAUUCUUUUGACUUCUUUUGGGGGGGAUUGUUGGUUUGGAUGAGAUCAGUGUAAAAUUUGUUUUGAAUUAUUCUAGAAAGUUUAAUUUCCAUACAUUGAUGGCGUGUUUAAAAUAUUGGUGGAAUGC